UUUGGGCUUUAUCUAAGCCCAAAUCCAAUCAACGUUAGAAAUUCAGCAAUUGGUCAAAACAGCUCCGACGGAAUUUAGGGACGGCGGCCGGCGGCGGCGAAGCGCCAUGGGUUCCUCGCUACCAAUUAAAUUCGCCUUCCUCUUCUCCCUUUCUGUCGCCGGUACCGCCGCCGUCGUUGGAAGCUCGCCUCCUCAAUUUCCCAGGAAGUUGACUGCAUAUUCCUCUUCUUCUCACGCCUCGUCUUCACCAACCAAUCCCAAGGCUACCUGCUCCGAUUUGCUCGCCGUCCUCGGUCCACCUCACCAAGCCAAAUCCGUCGAUUCACAAGUGGCGCGUGAGCUCUGGUCAUGCUUCAAAUUCCUUGCUCCCUUCGAUGAAGUCCUUCCUACUAGACGAGUGCUUUGUUCCAAUUCGAUUGUCGGGUCAAGUCGGAGGGGAAGAGAAGCUGAUGAGCUGAUUUUGUCGCCUCCGAAUUCUGUGUUGGAAUUGGCUCGUAUUGCUGUUGAUUCAGGUGCCGAUCCAGGAGCUAUUCAACGAGCUCUUGAUCCAACCAUUAUCCCGGUUCCUGACAUUGAAGGCUCAAAUGAAGAUAAGUGCCAACUCACUAGAACUCCUUAUGGAAGGCUAUUUGCCGACGAGGGGUUGAAUUCUUAUCUAGAGCUCUUGUUUGAAAUUAUUGUCGAGCGCGGUCCCAGUGUAGGUCUAAAUGUUUCUUUGAGUCGCUUUGAUCUGUUCCACGGCCACCUGUUCAUCGAGAAGAUGUCUGGAAGGCUUGGUAUUCUGUUUCAUGCUAAAGAGUAUCCUGCCUAUGACAAAAAAUGUUUUCCCUUUAACAUGGGCUAUUGCCAAGUAGGUUCAAAUGUUGCUUAUGAUGAUUCGAUGAAUUUACGUAAUAUUUUGUGGCUUGCCCCAUUGCCGAGUAACUCUACAGAUACAUGGCUGGCACCAGGAGUUCUGGUUGUGCUAGAUGCACAUCCUGAAGGCAUCAUUUACCGAGAUCUCAUACCCGAUUAUGUUAAAUACGCACGGACACUUUACGAAGAGGAUCUCGGCGAGCUAGUGUUCGACGUCAACUAUCUCAACAAGGGAGGGGAAGGGCCUAAAUUUCAAAUCUUCAUCUGCUGAGAAUCUCUAAGACUGUUGAAAAAAUCGACACCCUUGAAAACAAACAGCCCUUCACAGCUGAAGUGCUCUUUCUCUAGCGAAAUCAUCUCAAAUAAUUUGGAAAGAUGACACAGAAGGGGAGCCUGUUAGAAAGAAAGUGAAAUCAAUUCCUAUCAAUGGACAUGGCAAAGUCUCCUAGACUCAGAAAGGUUAUUUUGUGGGUAUAUAAGCCACAAGUUGAUAGAUAUCGCCAGAGGCAUCACUGUCCGUCGUUGUUUGUCAGAGGAAGUUGCCGGCCGCGGCCUCUGAAGUUGUCGAGCAUCCGAUUUAGAAUUCACGAACAAGAGUAGGAAGCUUGAUUUCAAUUUUUGUCAAUUGAAUUGAAUUGAAUUCUUAGCUUGGUACCAGCUCACACACACUAAACAACAAGUGUUGCUUUCCUUUCCUAAUUUUCACUAGUUGAAUUUUGGGGUAGUUUGUUUGUUGUC